UCAAAGAAGAAGAAAACCUCCGAAACAUGAUGACGUCGAUAUAGAGCGCCAUUAGUGGUGUUAGCUCACGGUUUGAAAAGAGGUCUGUGACACCUUCAGCCUCAUGUUAGUGGGUGGCUGAUCCUGUUAGAUGGUCCAGCGACCGGCCCGGUGCCGGUAGUUGUUUGGUUCAGUCUCCAGCAGCGGUCAUUAUGGCUGAGGAGGAGGAUUUAUCACCGAACCUUCUGACAAGGCAGACGAUUCACGGCAAUGGCGACUUCGUGCCUCCAGAUGGCUUGUGCUGGGCGUCUGUGCUGUCCUGUCUGCUGCUGGCUUGUUCUUAUGUCGGCAGUUUGUACGUGUGGAGGAGUGACCUGCCGAGGGAUCACCCCACUGUGAUAAAGAGACGCUUUACCAGUGUGUUGAUCGUGUCCGGCUUGUCGCCUCUCUUUGUGUGGGCAUGGAGAGAAUUCACAGGAAUCAGGACUGACUCAUCAUUACUAGCUCUCAUGGGGAUGAGAUUUGAAGGCAUCAUUCCUGCCAUCAUGCUUCCUCUGCUGCUCACAAUGGUCCUGUUUCUGGGCCCUCUCAUGCAGUUGGCUAUGGACUGUCCCUGGAGCUUCAUGGAUGGGAUCCGGGUGGCAUUUGACCCAUGGUUCUGGAUGUUGUGUUUCAGCGACAUGCGCUGGUUGAGGAAUCAGGUGGUGGCACCGUUAACAGAGGAGCUGGUCUUCAGAGCCUGUAUGCUACCCAUGUUAGUACCCUGUGCUGGUCCUGCCGCUGCCAUCUUCACCUGCCCCCUCUUCUUUGGAGUGGCUCACUUUCACCAUGUGAUCGAGCUGCUGAGGUUCAGACAGGGCACACUGUCAGGGAUCUUUCUCUCUGCAGUGUUCCAGUUCUCCUACACAGCAGUGUUUGGGGCUUACACUGCCUUCAUCUUCAUCAGAACAGGUCACCUGAUGGGUCCGGUGCUCUGCCACUCCUUCUGUAACUACAUGGGUUUCCCUGCCAUCAGCACAGCUUUGGAGCAUCCCCACCGCAUCACCGUCCUCUCUUCCUACUUGCUGGGGGUCCUCCUCUUCCUCCUCUUCCUCUUCCCCUUCACUGACCCCUCCUACUAUGGCCUCCCCACCCCAGUUUGCACCCUCACUUCCUCUCCCAGCUCACUCUGCCUUUCCUGAUUCCUGCCCACAAGCACUCCUCUGCUGUUGUUAUGUCACCUUCCACCCAUAAAGUGGUUGAGGGUGUUUUUUGCCACGUUAGAGUUCAGGUCAGGUCCAGUUCGGACCCACAGCACUAACAGCCACGUUGGUCAAGUUGCCAUGGAGAGGUUGGGAAAUCUGUAGCCAUAUUCUAUGGUCUAUGGGCCUUAGAUAUGUCAGUGCAUUUCCAUGACAUAUUUCAGUAGAUCAGCUGAUGCUCUUAUAUAGAGUGACUUAUUUUGAGUAGGCAGGGUUUCAUGUUGACUGUCUGGUUCGUGGCUUACACGACCACCCUGAGAACGUGGUUUAGUGUAGUUCUAACAUGUAAGAACAAGUCUCCGAAGAUACUCUUCCACUGAUAGAUCUCAUCAAUUUGUGAUGAAGCAUCAUAAUGUACCUUUUUGGUGUACUCAUUUUCCACUCAGCCUGCAUCAUCUUUUUUCUAAAGGAUAGUUCUGGUUUAUUACAACUCUGGGCUCAUUUUCAUAAUUUUGGCAGUCAUUUCUAUCUGUAAUUAUAAGCUGACAAAAUUACUGCAGAGAUCUGGAAAUGAAGUGACAAAUUAUUCUGGUCAGACAGACUUUAUACAGACCCCCAGAUUAGUGAAAGAGAGAACACCCCAAAUGGUCUGUUAUGAAUAAUAGGCUGCAUUUUAUUUGUGUUUAUUUGAUGGUAUGAUGAACUGUUUGUUCACAUCCUGAUCACCCGACUGUUUCUCGCCACUUUAACCAAUGGAAAUGACACCCCAAAAGAGUUUCCAUAUCAAGUAUGGGGUCAUGUUUGGUUAUUUAUCAAAUUUAAUAUGUAAAAUGUUACAUUAGCCUGGUAAGCUAAUGGUUACUAAUAAACAGAGAAAAAAGAAAACUAUAACUGGUAUGUAGCUGCUCUACCAAACUAGAAUAGCUAGAUAGCGUUGAUACAGAACUCAACCAAGUUGAAAUAAGAGAAAAAAUUAUACUCUGAUUAGACUUAGAAAUUGUUGCUUGCAGCAUGUUCUAUGGCUGCAUUACAUUGUGCUCUAUAGUGGCUCAAAGAGACAUUGCUUCCUCUGUCUGGGAUUGUUCAGUUGCAAACAUCCCUGCGGUAGCUACACUGGAGUACAGGAAUGUUAUUGUGAUGCUGAAAUAGGAAAAAUACAUCUUUCAGCAAAAUGGUCGCAGGAAUGCUAUCUAGAUCUCAUAUAGCUGUAAUGUUGUUGACUUGUUUUGACAGUGACAUUUCAGCUGGACUUGUUUCUUUAUUUAAAUUCAGACACCAGGACUCUGCUGUUUAAGAGAAAUGUUCUGCUGCAAUAGGUCAGCGUUUUAUAUGAUAUAUUAAUGGUUAUUUAUAUACCUCUGCAUGUUUCAGUGCUGGAAGCUUUGUUGUUGGUGGCUGAUGAUGGGAUAUUUCAACGGGGUCAAUGUUUAAAAUGCCUGAAAUAUACUCUGUGUAAGGGCACAAACACAAAUGACAAACUGGUUGUACAAACUGGUCAGAGUAACCCCUAACCCUAACCCUUUCAUGUAUUUUGGAGAAGCGGUCAGACUAAGCUGCCAUGACUAGAAACAAUAUUGUCCUCUAGUUGCUUGUACCACCUCUCAAACUAAAACUCACUCUUGUGUUUUAAGCACCCGUUUCUGAUGGUUAGCCCGUGGAAAGCCAAGAUGUGUUUUCUCUUUGAACACACAAAAUAUCUUUUUCCCCACAAAACUUUUUCUUGUUGUUCAACGAAAAAUGCAAUAAACAAAGAAGCUCUUCAAAGGAUGAGGAUUUAGGCCACUGUAAAAAGGAAAAAAGAUCUGACAUUUGAGAGAUAAAAGUCAAGCGUUUUACUUUUUUUUUUUUCUUUCUUAGUUCUAACUUUUUCCUCAGGCUAAAUUUUAACUUUGUUUCUCAUAAUUCUGACUUUUUUCAGACUGCCCUAAUCUUCUUCUGUACUUUUCUUAUGGGUUCUACUUGUUUUCUAGUAUGCAUGUGAGGAAUGUAAUGGUGUAUGCCGAACUCUAAUUGUACUGUGUAACAAAAGGGCAUCUUAUGUCCACAUCCAUGUUGUAGAGUGUAAUCUAGAGCCUGAUCCAUUCUUGUUUUUUGGGGCCUUUAAUGAUAUUGAGGCAUAAAAAGUCAGUUUAUUUGCAGUUAUCCCCCAAAUGUGGUUAUCAAACACUAUUGAAAAAGAUCUGUAACAGAGGCAGUAUAUUUACAGUCAACAAUAAAAUUCGCAGUGAAAAAUAACAUCAGUGCAUAAAUGGUAAACUUCACUGGGAAUUUUGUUAUUUAAAAUUACGCUAAACAUCUUUUACUACAUUAUAAUCUUUUAAGAAGUUUUCAUGAAAAUCAAAAUUGUUUGAUUUUACUAGAAAUAUUUUAUAAUACCCAUUUUACACUACAUUGUCAGUGUAUCAUCAGGUUUUUUAAACACUGGUAAGACUGCUAACAAUCUUCAAUGAAUUCCUUUCAAAAUGCGCACUGAAGGAGUUGCCUUUCUGUUUUUUUCCCUUGUGUGUCAAUUUCAGUGAGUAGAAAGCAGCAAAUCAUAUACUUAUAUGAAAAUAUUAUGAAACAGAAGUGUCUAAGGAAUGAGAAAUCUCUCUUCUUUCUGAUUUCUGCAGCUUGCAGGCUCAGACCACGUGCAAGCUACAAACAAUGGUUUCUUUUUUAAUAACUUCUGCAUCUCUUUCAAACUUGCCACAGACUGAACGAUGUUCAAAGCUGCUUGACAGAUGGGUGGAAAGAUAUUACCAAGCCUGAAGGGCUGUUGUGUUCACAUCACAGCUGAGCAGGAGCCGAUACUGUUGACUACUGCAAUUGACCUGAAAACAAAUCCUGAUCAUUUACAUGCACAAUGCACACAGAGGCCAGAUGUCAGCAGGUGAUAGUGGGGUUUUUGGCCAGUGUGAAAGGGUAGAACACCGCAACUCCAGAGUUUGAGUUUGUGUAACCUGAAGCAUCUAUAUUUGUGUCCUUACACAUAGUAUGUUUUGGUCUUCAAGCUGGAGAUGUAUGUUGUAUGUUGCCAGCUUCCAGCUAUUUUUGAGGAUCUUUUAUGUUGAGGUUCUAAAAUGGCAUCUAAGCUUUGUUUCACAUGCCAGCUGUUGAAAAACAGUAUGAUAGUGUAAGCAGUCUGGAAAAUGUUAAGUUAUGCACCAGGUUUAAAUCAAGAUUUCACAGCAAAUUACCUCUGCAAGAUGCAGUAUGAUGGGCCAUUAUUAAGGACAGUUUGGUUUAUUCCUUGGAGUUUAAUUUUAAGCUUCAUUUCCAGAUGAGUAGUUUAGAUGAGAUGUUAGAUGUUAGAAUUGGAGGUGGCCUUUACCAGUCCUUAGCAGUGUAGUUUUUCAUUAGAACUCAUCUUUAGCAGUGAGAAAUGAUGUUCAGAACUGCCAACUCAAGACGUCAAAAAGGUUUUCACUUCAGUGCGCUGUCACUUUUGCUCAUAAGCAACAUUUAGGUUGAGACGUUCACUGUAUUUUGCACUAGGUCUCUGCUUGUUAUCAUUCUUGUUUCUAAAGAUGAUAUCAGGGUUCAUCACUGGUUUUUUCGUUGAAAAAUCUCAUUUAAGUUUGCUUAUCCAGUGAUCGACACAUCCAGUCAGUGCUGCUGUUGUGAAGUGAACUGCACAACUAGACUGAUCAUUUUUUCGACUGACUGACUAGUUAAAGGUAUACUAUGCUGACUCCCAGAAGUGUGUGGUGGGGACAGUAUCUGCAGAAAUCCUGAACUCUGACUGCAGUUUCUUUUUUUCUUAGUUUUUUCCGUGUUCAGGGCAUUCUGGUCUUAAACCUCUGAGCAGUGUUGUGUAGCCCCUAAGCAAUGAUGUGUGCAGUGUGAGGUUGGCAUUCUGAAAAAAAUGUGACCAGGUUACAUGGUCUCUCUCCUCCUCCCUUGGGCCAUCAUAAAGAGUUGCACAUCUGUGUGUCUGUUUGGCAAAGCUGAGUGACACACACUCAAAUUGUAACCUCAGAUACAACCUCAAGAGACUUGGAUUAUGUCAAAUGAGCCUUUUUACAUUUUUCAGGCUGUUUUUGUUAAAGUUUUAAAAUGUCCCCAGCUACUUCAGUUGUUCAGCAGAAUGCUGCAACAAUUUUGUGCUGUGGAGCUUCAGAACCGUUUUGUGGACUUUCUAUGGGCACAGGUAGAUAAUGAGUGUUUUUCAAGAUUUUGGGUGAACUUGUCCUUGAAGAUGAGGUGUGGGCGUUUGUCUAGAUGCUGCUCUUUCUUUUCAUUCACUCUCUAGCUUGCUGAACCCCUGCUCUGCCUAUGUCCAUCUUGCCUGUUGAGGAGGUGAUGAAAUGACAACCUAGAAAUCCUGCCUCUCACUCCAGGUGUUGAAGUUGUUUUCGCUUCAAGUUGAUGAUAUUUGAGGUGCUUCUGAGAGUGACAAGAAGAGCUCAAAAAAGUUUAAAAAAAACACUAAGCUAUACUCAAACUGUGAAUACAAAUCUGGCUGCUUGGGUCUUCAGCAAUAAAUCCUAUAUACUCUAACAUUUUGGAUCCAUUUUAUAUGACUGAGUGAGUGAGCAGUAGAUUUGGUGGACGAAGUGGGGCCAUGUAAAUUCAAUAUUUUGGCCAGUUAAAUUAUCUUUGCAAGUCAAGUUUUCAGUUUACAAACCCUUAGGAGGUGGUGAGGUCAGGCUGAACUAUUGUGAAAAGAGUUGUACCUUACCUACCUGAAGCUACCAGCAGAGGACGUCAGAGCUCUUUGUCUGUGGCAUAGCUGCUGUCGACUCACUGAGGACCUCUUUAUUCUGUUCAUCAGCCUCUCUGACAUCCAUCAUUAGUUAGUGGAAAACCAAUUUGCUCUAACUUAUUUUUCUUAGAGCUUCUACACUGUUGUUCCACAAUAGAUGGAACUGAUGCAGUGGGGAGGAGUCAGGUGGUGAAACCCCUUUCUGAUGCUAGUUACUCAUUGAGAAGUUGGAGUUCCUUUUGCCUCCCAGGCUGUUCUCUUAGAGCUUUUCCAUUUGCUGGCUGUAGCAAGCAGCAGCAUUUCAUCACUCUUCUUUAAAUUCAGAAGCUUCUGUCGUCAUCCACGAUCAGUCUUUACAAAUAUCCUAAGCUGUUGCAAUUGUCUGUAACAGCUCAUCUCAAGAUUGAAUUGUAUUCACAUAUUACGGCAGAUUGAAACAUUUUAAGCAGCUGCAUGUCCAGUCAUUGGUUUCACUGGAAAGUUUUUGAGACCUAAUGUGAGAAAUGUUGAAAACCUGAUAUUACUUGAUUUUUAAAGCCACUCUGUGUAGAUUUUAUGUUCAUGAAAAUAUAGUAUCUUUCAUGCAAUUUCAUGCCCUGAAUAGUAUAUUCAUUUAUGGAAAAUUGAGGCUGCUCCAGACUUUGCAGGACUCUGGCCUCUAGUUUAACUAGACUGUUUAGUUUAAGUUUGGUAAACUGAUAGUAAGUGGCUAUAAUAUUAUUAUUAUUAUUAUUAUUAUUAUUAUUAUUAUUAUUAUUAUUAUUAUUAUUAUUAUUAUUAUUAUUAUAUAAAGGAUGUUCACUACACAUAGUGGCUUUAAACUUUAAGUGUUAAAAACAACAUUAAUUAAACAUCCAUUUUAGAAAUGGCCCCCAGAAAGCAAUAGGCUAUCAGCCCAAAAUACACAGUAUGUGUUUUUAUUCCUAAAGGGAAACAAUCAAUUCCUGCAGAAUUAAGAGACACAUUUCUUUCUUCAUCCUGCUCAGAAAUACUUAAAAAGUCAAUUUAUCUUAAAUUUUUAAGUCAAAUCCCAUGUUGCCAGCUAUCCUGUGUCAAGCUUCAUAUAAACUGCUGGUGGCUGCAUUUUCUAUUAACCAUUCUUUUCUAGUUACUAAAGGCACAUGGCAAGGUUGAUGGCUGUGUAUUUCUGUUUUAACCAUUGAGCCUUUUAUUCUUUUUCUUGUUAAAGGAGGCACAGCAAGCCUACGGAACAGGAUCAGACCCACUGUGAAAAAUUUUAGGUCUGACUUUUUCUUCUCAGUAUUCGGAGUUUAAAAGUGCAGUAUUUAAAAAACUGUCUACCUGUUGUAGUCAUCAAAACAAUUGGUAGACACCAUAUCACAGCAUUGAUCAGAGUAACUGCUGCCAGCUGUAGCUGCUUAGUUAGCCGUGCAAUUAGCAGCUCGCCAAACAAGGGGGGUAUUGGCGUUUACAGUGCAAAUACAGGAGCUUUGGACCAAACAGGCCAGGGCUAGCUGGUUAGUGUGCUAACUUCAGUAGACAUCUGUCUUCACAAACUGGUAAUCCUUCACAUUUUGUUGAUCCUUUUGGCAAUUUUUUUUCAUGUUUUCAAAAGAAAUUAUUAUGUAUUGCAACUUUAAAGUCAGAUUAUAUUACAUUGAUAUAUUACAUUGCUUCACCACACACAGACAGGAAGCUCUCUAGAUAUUCUAAGCAAACACCCUGUCAAUCUGAAUGCUUUGCCUUUGCCUGAUUUUGAGUUUCUGUCACUGUCCUUUAACUUUAAACACAAUGGUGGUGAAACACUAGUUUUGCCUGUAGUACUGCUGUUGAAAGAAAACACUUUUUAUUUGUUCCCAGUGUCCUCAGCCAACAAUGACACAUUGGUAUUUGCUGUCGAAAAUGCAGAACCUGCACAUCUGUAAUGUGCAGAAAAAUCAACAUACUGCAGAUUCUAUUUUUACUAAGCUUUAGCAGCUCCAUUAUUUUUAAAAUACAACACCCAGAGGAAGAAUAAUUUAAAAUGUGCAUUUUCAGAACUUGUGAAAUGUGAAUAAUGUGUCAGCAAGCUAAACAGAACUCCACAGAUGUUUAUAUUGAGCACUAUAUUUUGUAAUCAGAUCUAUUUUGGUGACCGGAACAGAGUGUACAAAUAUGUGCAUGUAUUUUAUGCUCACUGUGUCACAGUUGUACAAGUUGGAGACUACAGAACAGUGUUUUAGUAUGACAAUCUUUUACAGAAACUUUGAAAUCACUGCAAAUUAUCUAUUUGUAAAUAAAUGUCAUUUUCUACAUCGCUCA